AUGCUCUGGACUCUGCUGCUUGCUGUCGUUCACGGACACGUUGCCUUGGGUCUGGCUGUCACGGCCAGCUCCAUCACUAUCCGUCCCAGUCCAUCACCCACUAGCGAGCCGUCACCGUCAUCGUCGACAAGUGGCCAGUGGCUGAUUAUCUCUAAUACAUCCAUCUUCUGGCCCACAUACACUGACUACUUCUAUGGACCAACAACCGGCCCCGAGGCGUCCGUUGUAACCUGCAAUGCCAAGUGGGUUGAAUACUUUGGCCGGUCCACCGGACUUCGCUCGCUGGGACCAACAGGCACAAGUAUCUCCUAUAUCCCAUAUCCAACCAGCGCCGGGGCCUGCAGAACCUCCUCCUCCCUGGAGGAAUACUCGGAUACCCAUACAGGACCAGUGACAACCCUCUGCGAUGGCAUUCCGCGCGCGCUGGGUCCUCGCGAGACCGUGACGUCGUACUAUCCCGGCACUGGACCCUGCAGCUCUUACACCACCACCUUUUCGAAUACUGUUGAUCUCUACCGGGAGCCCCCAGCCCCGGACUGCACCCUCAACACUCAAGAAUGCAUCCCGAUCUGGUCAACGUACAGGGAACUGUCCAGUUCGUACUACGACUCUAUCACCACCGUCACUCUAGGCGACACCAACAGCCCCAUCCCACCCGUUAGCUGUCCUUCGACGACGCGAACCUACCCCGAAAACCCCUGCACAAACUGCCACUUUCUCCCCGGCACGGCAACCGUCUUCUACUGGCCGGUGACCACCGCCGGCGGUGACCUGUGCCUGCAGAACGGCACCACCAUCCCCGCUUCACCAACCGGAACCGGCCCCAAUACCGCCGUACUCAACGGGCAGACUCUCGUCUCUCCGAGCAUCUACGUCUCGUUCACCUCAAUCUACGCUUGGAGCAACCGGCGCGCCCACCCAGGCAGCCAAUGCGGCGACACGCACACCGACACCAUCAUCGCCGUGGAUCCCGUCAGCGUGUCUUCAGUCCGUCACCACCGAAACGCAAAGUACCCCACCAUCGGGACGGCCUAUCCUUUUGAUUUCGCCGAGUUCACCCCCCAGGAAGUGGGCAAUUAUACCAUGCCGUUGAUCCCCUGGCCGCAGUACCGGGGAGGAUCGCAGUGUCCGCUGUAUGAUCCCUCUUGCACGAUGAUCCGGGACGAUUACAUGCCUUUCUUGGAUCUUCCCGAGGCCGUCCGCCAGAUCGAUGCGCUGUGGACGGAGUGUGAUGCGCACUGGUAUAUCCCGCCCGUCACGCUAGUGCCUUUGACGGGGGACAUUGAGAUUCAACCCACGCCGACGGCUGAGGCGACUAUCAUGGCUGGUAUGGCGGUGCCGGAAGGGGUGGCGGCUAUGCCCACGCCUGAGCCCACAGGGUGGUAG